GCAGAGGGCGGUCAUUUCGACAUCUUCCUUUGGUCAACGGUGCUUACAGCCGUCGGCGGGUCUAUGACAAUGUUUAUCGGCUAUCAAGCGCCAUUCAUCAUUCCUUCAAGCUUCACGCUCCUGAUUGAGGUGAACAGCUGCCUCUUCGAUGCCGGCACCAUCAUCUUCCCACUGCUCAAAGUGUUGUAUGACUUGGGUGUACCCUUCAGCGCAUUCUUUUGGGCAUACACGGUGCUGGGAAUCAUCUGCUAUGGGCUCUUCUCAAUCUCCUGGGGCAUGAACCAGAAGGAGCUUGACGAAAUCCGCUUGGCUGCAGGCACUUGGACCUUUGAACAGAGCCAGGGUGAAGCAGCAAGUUCUUGA